AUGACUGCUCUCCGGAACCCGAAGGGAACAACCAUUGCAUCGAGAAGGGGGAUAGAGAAAAUCAUCUUCGACUUCUACUCUGAUCUCUUCGACAGCCAUGUCUACUUGCCUCCUCGUCAUCUAAGGGAAGACGGACAUGUCAUUACAGAGGUUCUCCCGUCCGAAAUACGACAUGCUAUCAUGUCGGUAAGAAAUCGUACGGCAUCCGGUCCCGACAGAAUAAAACUAGAACAACUGAAGAACCUUCCGCCAGUACUCAUCAACACCCUGGCGAGGAUCUUUACACGUUACCUGUCGGAAUGCAAGGUUCCUAAACAAUGGAAGACCAGCAAGACCGUGUUGUUGUAUAAAAAGAGAGAUUCACAUGACAUCGGCAACUAUCGCCCAAUCUGCUUACUGUCCGUUAUCUACAAGCUCUUUACAAGAGUGAUCCUUAAUAGGAUUGAAAACGUCUUGGACGAAGGACAGCCAUGCGAGCAAUCAUUGUUCCGAAAAGGAUUCGGCACGAUUGACCACAUUCGCACUGUUUCGAAACUCAUCGAGGUAUCACGAGAGUACAAGAUGCCGCUCUGUCUCACCUUCAUCGACUUGAAGAAGGCCUUUGACUCAUUUGAGACGGAAGCGGUCAUGGAAGCCUUGGACAACCAAGGCGUCACUACUCAGUGCAUAAAGGUACUUCGAGAGUCGUACAGUAACUUCACUUCCGGAAUUUCGUCAUUCUACAAGAAUAUCAUCAUUGACGUGGAAGAGGGGGUCCGACAGGGUGAUACAAUCACCCAAAAUAUUCACAGCCACCCUGGAGAACGCAAUGCGAAAUUUGGAAUGGCAGGACAUGGAAGUGAAGGUUGA